CUUUCAACAUAUAAAUUCGAUAUAUUAGUUGGACGAGGUAUGUCACAAGAAAUUUUCAUAUUGGAAAGAAUUAAUAGAUUCCAGCUAAAUGAGGAGAUGGUGGGUAGGCCUGAUAGUGGCGGUGGUGGGCAUGUCGACGCGGUGGCAAGUGGUGAAGUCACAGGCGCAGACUGAUGUGAAUCUGGGUGUUGGAUGCAGCAGUACAAAAGCCACAAAUGUAUCUGACUUUAUGAACAAUCUCAACGCCACCUUCUCGGACCUCCGAACUCAGCUGUCGGAGGACAAGCGGUUCGCGACGGCGCAGUAUGAGAUUCCGUCGGAGCCCGUUUACGGCAUGGUCCAGUGCAGAGACUACAUGUCUCAAAUUGAGUGUUUGGCCUGCUACGCCACCGCAUUAUCGGCGAUCAUGAGCUGCACGAACAAUAACGUCACCGGUGGUCGAGCUGUCUUUGAUGGCUGUUUCCUCAGGUAUGAGAGCUACGAGUUCUACGCAAGGACAAGCGAAAACUGGCUAAGAUGUGAUGGAUCAGCAUCUGGGGCAACCGGUUUCACCGAAGAGGGAACGAAACUGCUGAGUGAUCUUCAAGUGGCAACUCCAAAGAUACUAAACUAUUUUGCAGCAAGUAGGAGGAAGACCCCAGACUCAACAGUUUAUGGGGUGGCGCAGUGUGCUCACACAGUUAGCUCAGGUGGCUGCCAAGGUUGCUUGACCGCCGCCUACGAAAACUUGCGAAACUGUUUCCCUCGGACAGAUGGGAGGGUUGUUGAUGCAGCAUGUUUUAUGAGAUAUUCCAAUCAACCAUUCUUUUCUGAUAAUCACACAACCGAUAUCCAACCAUUCUUACAACCACCGCCAGGGAGUUCAGUGAAUGAAAAGGCAGUGAUAGGGGGAGCGAUUGGAGGUGCUGGACUACUUGUGAUUAUAGUUACUAUAUUGAUCUGGUACAAGUUUUCAAGACAGCUCAAAUACGCUCUAAUAGGUAACAUUUUGGGUGCAACCGAGUUGCAACGUCCCAAUAGAUUCAGCUACAAGGAUUUGAAAGAAGCAACAAAUAAUUUUAGUGAAGGAAAUAAAAUAGGACAAGGUGCCUUUGGUGCAGUAUACAAGGCGACGUUGAGAAAUGAGAGUGUGGUUGCGGUGAAGAAGCUGGAUAUAAGCAACAGCAGAGCAAAGGCAGAUUUCGAGAGCGAAGUAAGGCUUAUAAGCAAUGUUCAUCACCGCAAUCUUGUCCGUCUAUUGGGAUGCUACACCAAGGGAACUGAGCAGCUUCUCGUCUACGAGUUCAUGGAGAACAAAAGCCUCGACAUAUACUUAUACGGUGAAAAACGAGGAAUGUUGAGCUGGAAACAACGGGUUGAUAUAAUAUUUGGGACAGCAAGGGGAAUUGCAUAUUUGCAUGAGAAUUACCACGUAACCAUCAUACAUCGAGACAUCAAGCCGGGCAAUAUCCUACUCGACAAUGACUUUCAAGCCAAGAUUGCAGAUUUUGGUUUGGCAAGGCUUCUUCCUGAGAAUCAGAGCCAUCUUAGCACUAAUUUUGCAGGCACACUAGGGUAUACAGCACCAGAAUACGCCAUCGGCGGCCAUUUGUCUGAGAAAGUCGACAUCUACAGCUUCGGAAUUCUGAUCCUCGAGAUCAUCAGCGGCAGAAAAUGCAGUGACAUGAACCCCGAUUCCACCGCUGAAUAUCUACUUAAUGAGGCGUGGAAGUUAUACGAGAGAGACAUGCACCAGAAUCUAGCGGACGAGGCGUUGGAGUUGACGGAACAAGAAGUGGGGGAAUUGAUAAAAAUGGUAGAAAUUGCUAUGUUGUGUGUACAGUCACCGGCUUCAUCGAGGCCAAGCAUGUCCCAACUUAUCAUGAUGAUUUCGGACGAUGGAUCGGUGAGGCUGCAGAGGGCUGUGCGGAGGCCUUCUUUCGAUUAUAGGAUGAAUGGAUUAGUUGGUGAAGAUGGGCCGCUUUCUGCAGAUAAAUCUGCAUCUCAUGCUACUGUCUCCAUUACCCAAUUUACUGGCCGCUAGCUUCUUCAUUUUCAAAUUAAACUACUUUUCAACUGCUUUUGCAUCUAUUUCUCAAUGUUAUUUUCUUGAAAAUGUUUUUGUUUUGUGGAUGUUUGCACAGGGAGAUAAGUUGGAUGAGUUUUAUGAAUUGUUUAAUGGAACAUAUAUACCAUGUCCUCUAUUAUUAAAUGUGUACUACAUUACCAACCAAAAAAAGUUAUGCAUGUUAUAUACUAUGGAAGUGUUUUAUACUAA